UCCGCAGCGCGUUCCGGAUUUUUUUGACUCCUCUCCGGCUUCCGUGGAUCGCACUUCCGGAGUGUGGUUUGGGCAGACCGGAAGCAGUGGAGAAAAGGAACUGAAGUGGAGGCGCUGCCCGGAGGCCAAGAUGUUGGUGCUAGUGUUGGGAGAUCUUCACAUCCCGCACAGAUGCAACAGCUUACCAGCUAAAUUCAAGAAACUGCUCGUUCCAGGAAAGAUCCAACACAUCCUCUGCACUGGAAACCUUUGCACCAAAGAGAGCUAUGAUUACCUCAAGACCCUGGCUGGAGAUGUUCAUGUAGUUAGAGGGGAUUUUGAUGAGAAUUUGAAUUAUCCAGAACAGAAGGUUGUAACUGUUGGGCAGUUCAAGAUCGGGCUGAUCCAUGGCCAUCAAGUUAUUCCUUGGGGUGAUGUGGCCAGCCUGGCAUUACUGCAAAGGCAGUUUGAUGUAGACAUCCUCAUUUCAGGACAUACACACAAAUUUGAGGCAUUUGAACAUGAAAACAAGUUCUAUAUCAACCCUGGGUCAGCAACAGGAGCCUACAGUGCUUUGGAAAACAACAUCAUUCCUUCGUUUGUGCUGAUGGAUAUCCAAGCUUCCACAGUCGUUACUUAUGUUUAUCAGCUGAUUGGCGAUGAUGUGAAAGUAGAAAGAAUUGAGUACAAGAAAUCAUGAAGCCAACCACUCCUGCCUGUUUAUGCUCUAGUGUCCUUUCUCCUCCUCUUGCAACAUUCACUUAAAAUAUCUGCAGUGUUUGCAAUAUUAUUUUAGCUUAUGAAAUUAUUCUUUUCCUUGUUGUAGACAGGUUAACAGUACUUGACAUCUUAAAGUCUGCCUUGGCUUUCUUAGUUUUGACUUUGGAAAGGUUCGAGCUUGUAAAUACUGUUCAAAAUGCUUGGUAGAAUUUCAUCUGUUCAUGUGAACGAUUCCCAAUCUUGUAAUAAAUAUUCAUUUAACUUCA